UCAACGCAAGGAACAAGGCACACCAACUCGCCACAACCAAACCUGACACAGACACAACAAGUCUGACCUAGCACGGGAGGAUUACAAGCCUGAUCACUGUACUUGGGGCAACUCACAGUUUCCAUUGAACACAGUCAGUCAGUGUAAUAUAUAAAUAUAUUAUAUGAUUAACACAUUUUCUGAUUAGUAAGAUACUCACCAUGUUUUGGGAUUCCUCGCUGUUACUCCCAGGAGUUCCAGCUAUUUGUUUUGUUGUUCAGUGCUAUCUAGGCCAGCUGCCUCUCAGGAGUAUUCUGAGCUAUGAAGGUGGAAGAGGAAAAGUUGGCCGACUACCCUAUGGAUAUCAUGUGAAGCUCCCCGAAAUAUUCCAGAGGGUUGGAUCAGAAGCCCUGUCUCAGAAACAUCUACUGACAGAGGAGUGGAGAAGUCUUAGUGGGGGAGUUUAACCGGAGAGCGAAACUUUGACACUCUUUUUUUUGAAAACUGUAAGAGCUUGUGAGAAAGAUCCAACAUGGCAGUUGCCAGCAUAUCAAUCCCUGGUUCCACGCCGGGCCACAAACUGGGGUUUGAUGACUACAGUCUCUACAACAACCUGUCAGAUGACGAGCUGAUUCUGCUGGCUAUCGAACGCAGCCUCAGUGAUGCCCACAAUGCCACUUCACCCAGUGAAGCCAGCAACACCCCAACAGCUCUAGGCAGAAGAACAGUCCAGUAUAGGUCAAAUCCAUCCCCAACCAGGCCAAACCCACCGAGGCAGGAACCAAGACAUAGGCCACCUACUGCCAACCCAACUGACGCGGAACAGGACACUAUUGUGCAAGCAGUCCUGAAUGGUGAUGUGACUAUGGUUCAAGCUAUGGCUAAAAACAAUGCGAAUAACAUACUGUGGCCUGACAAGUAUGGAUGGAUCCCACUGCACGAGGCUGCAUAUUAUGGCCAAGACCAGUGUGUCAGGGUUCUUCUUGGGGCUCAACCUAGUAUGAUUAACAAGUGUGACCUGAAAGGCCAGACUGCUCUCAUCUUGGCGGUGUACAGGGAAAAGGUGGCCUGUGUAGAGAUGCUUCUGGAGAAGGGGGCUGACCCAGACCUCGCCAACAAGGACAGAGAGACCCCACUCUACAAAGCUUGUGAAGGUGGUAAUGCUGAGAUUGUGGUCAUGCUUCUGAAUCACGGUGCUGUGGUGAACAAACACUGCAUUCAGGGCUGUACAGCUCUCCAGGAGGCUGUGAGCCGCAACAACGUGGAGAUCUGUGAGAUCUUGGUCCAGGCCGGGGCGAAGCUCAGCCCAACCAACAUGUACGGUAUCGCGCCCCUAUUUACUGCAGCCCAGAGUGGACACGAGGAAACACUUUGAUUUCUCAUUAAACACGGUGCUGAUAUCAACAGUGAGGCAAGUGAUGGGGCCACCGCUCUGUAUGAAGCGGCUAAGAAUGGCCAUGAGGACAUUGUGGAGCUUCUACUUUCUCAGGAUGCUGAUGCCAACAAAGCGGGCAAUAAAGGACUUCUGCCACUACAUAUUGCUGCCCAACGAGGAGCUGAUGGCCUUAGGAUCAUGCCUCAGGACUACCUGGCCAGAUGACUGCUGGAUGUCCCCAGUCCACCUGGUCGUGCUGCUGCUCCAGUUUCAACUGUUCUGCCUGCGGCUAGGGAACCCUGACCUGUUCACCGGACGUGCUACCUUUUCCCGGACCUGCUUUUCUCGACUGUCUCUCGCUCUCUACCACAGCUGCUGCCUCGAUCUCUGAAUGCUCGGCUAUGAAAAGCCAACUGACAUUUACUCCUGAGGUCCUGACCUAUUGCGCCCUCUACAACCACUGAUUAUUAUUUGACCCUGCUCGUCAUCUAUGAAUGUUUGAACAUCUUGAAGAACAAUCUGGCCAUAGAUACUUAUUUCUAAUUAUGUUAGAAUGCAAAGAUAAAGAAAAUCUCUCUUCUCACUAACGGCAAAUGAUUGCAUCUUUUCAAUCAAUCACAUCAGCAGAUGUCACGAAGUGCAUAUACACUUAUACACUUAUGCAAUGCAGAUGUAGAACCAUGGUGGCUAGAAAGAAACAUAGAGAGGAUAUUAAAAGAGUACAUGUCCAUUAAGGCUAUAUCGUUCUUCAAUGUGUUAAAAUGUUCAUAGAUGACCAAUCAAGUCCAAUAAAAAUCAGUGGUUAUGGAAGGUCAACAGGUCAGCACCUCAGGAGAAAAUGUCAGAGAGGUGAAGAUGAACCUGCUUUAUGUUAUGAAUAAGCGUGUUCAUCAUACCCCCCCAUUUUCACCAAAUACUAGGCUCCUUGCAAUGCAAUACUUCAACCACUGGAAACUGUGUGUACGUAUGUUCUAAAGUUUGCGGGAGGGUAGUUUCAUUUUUAUAAAUGGCAACUUUUGCGUGAAAACUGGCACACGCAUGUUUACCGCUUCCAGUCUGAGUGUGUGUAACAGUGUGUGUUUGUAGAUGGUUGCGAAAUCUGUCUAUUGUGCUUGAAGCUAUUUCACAGCAGCCUUUUCAAGAUGCUGGAAGGCACUGAGAAUAUAUUUCCCUAGUUCCAAACGACUUUUCUACUAUUGCUGAAUUCUGCAUCAGUUCACCAUUCGUGCCUGCAAUAUGGCCCUGGGCUAUCUAAGGAUACCCUUCAACGUAACCCUUCAUUUGUGCCUAAAGUUAGCAAUUCAUCAUUGUCUUAGAGUAUUUGGCUUUUCACCCACCUCCUUUUUCUCGUCAACGGUUAUCCCAUUGGAUAGUGGAGGGUAUUACUAUAUAUUUACUUAUAAUAUCAGGUGAGUUCAACCUCCGGGGAGCCUGAGGCAUUUGUUUUAGUGCAUUUCUGUACAACAGAUUUGCAAUGCGGCAAGUUGGCAUCCCCUCACACAUUUAUGAGGUUUAACCGGAUGGAAAUCAUUGUGCCUUCACUGGAACAUGUAGUACUCAGUGUUGGGGCAUCUGAGGGAUAGGAGCAGUUACUAUUUUCCCUUUUUAUGUGAAAAACUUCUUACUUUUUAACUCUGAAUUUUUGGCAAAGUGCUCAUGAGUAAGCAUUUUAUAGUUAAAUCUAUACCUGUUGUAUUUGUCGCAUGUGACAAAUACAAUUUGAUUGAUUUGAUUUAUAAGCCAGUUACAGCCAUUAAAACUAUGUUUCAGUAGUGACACAUUUUGUGAGGGGUGUGGAAUUCAGGUAAAUAUUUCAAAUAUGCAAUACAAAGUGUGUGAGCAGUAUAUAUACCUGACAUAUGUUGGAAGACGUGUGCUGAAAAUUUGAAAAAAAAUUCUAACCCCCAUUUGCACUACAGUACUUCUGUAGAAUGACCCAUAUCAAAUGUGAUGGAAUGCUGACAGUUAAACCACCAAUGGGAAGGGCUGACAGAGAUGAUGAGCAAUAUGACUGUGGCAGUAGUGAGGUCAUUGUGUGACCUCAUGUUGGUUGUUGUGUCUUGGCAGCACAGGAGCUUGGUGGCACUUUAAUUGGGGAGAACAGAUUUGUGGUAAUGGCUGGAGCGGAAUAGGAAUAUAGAAUCCAUAACUCUAUUUUACUUGAUAUGUCGUUAUUACGCAAUUAGAAACCAUGCUGAUCUGAGCAAGUGGGAAGAGAGAAGUGCUGGUUUUGGUCAAGGCUCAUUGAAAUACGUACAGUAUGUUACUAUUUGUUACUAUCUAAUUGGCAUCCAAUCCCCACAAGUCAGUGUAAUCUAUGAACAGGUUGGACCAAAUGAGCCUUUUUAACUGAGAAACAUACAGUGCCAGAAAUUAUUCCACUUCUUGACAUUUUCCACAUUUUGUUGUGUUACAGCCUGAAUUUAAUGGAUUAUGUAAUGUAAAUGAUUACAUUCAGAUAUGUUGUCACUGGCCUACACACAAUACCCCACAAUGUCAAAGUGGAAUUAUGUUUUUUUAAAAUGUUUACAAAUUAAUAAAAAAUGAAAAG